AUGAAGCUGAGGAAAUCUGCACUCACACCAGAGAAUUACACCCGAGCAAUUAUCUCGCUCUCAAGGAGGUUUUCGAGCACCUCUGCUUUUCCAGGGAGCAACUAUGUAGACAUCGCAGAAUGGAUGCUACUUGACCGUGGUUUCAACUCCGGGAAAUCUGACGACGAUGUCACUAAUCUCGCAUCCACUGCCGAACAGGCUCACGAUUUGGUCGUAGUAUACAACAGCGAUGACAGCAAGUGGAAUGUACGGCAAUAUAGCUGUGAGCAACAUAAGGCCUUCUCCGCUGACACGUCUGUACCAACGGAAGACUCGGGACAAAUUGUUUUCAUUCGAGGCUUCAUAUCUCCAACAUGGGUGUCUGCCGUAGGAAGCAAGUACAAUAUUGAGCCGGAAUUCUUCAGACGGCAUCUGGAUUUCCUUUCAGCAAGUAUAGAUCGGCAUUCAUACAGUUUUCCAUCCCUCGGGAGCUCCUCGGAUAACAUCUAUCGACUUCGUGUGAGCACUCUCCUUCAUCGCGAUGAUUUUGGCGGACAAGACCUUCGGUCACAGCGGUCUCAGGAAUCCAAGGAGCUCGGUAUAUACAGGAUACAGCAGCUGGGAUCUGGUAAAGUACGUUGCGGAGACUCCUUGGUGCGAGAAUACUCUACUCUUUGCCCGCGCUUUUCGGUGAUUGAACAGUGGAUCUCGCUCUGUAUCACGAAAACAGAUGGAGGCUGGGCUGCGAUUGUCUGGAUGGACCAAGGUAUACCGUUAGAAAAAUCACCUCCAGGACCUUGGACGAGACAUAUUGAAGCCAAGGCUACACCACUGCCAAUCAUACAAUAUCAUCCAAAAAUGGCAUUUCGAACGACUACCAAUCGUCUAAACACAGACACAAAUGCUUCAGCAGAGGUCCAGCAAAGCACAGCCAUUCUUCCCUUGCAGUACGAUUCAUUGAUUGCGAUGGUCAAUUUGGCGCGUCGUGCACCUCAGGAUCCACUUUCCAUGUGCAUUCCGCUGUUUGCGCACGCGGCUUUCUCCGAAGUACAGUUUCUAAAUCUUCUAGAAUCAAGAAUCCACGUUCAGAUAAACGCCAUCGCUGAAGGAGUCGUAUCAGACGCACUUGGAGUUCUUCAUUUCUUCUCCAAUAUCCUCAAUCGACAUGCCGAACAGCUUAGAGAUAGUACUCGUGCCCUCUACAAAUUGGCCGAGCGAAGCACUCAAGAUCUGAAUGGAGCCAGAUCGAUGAGCCCACUGUCCAAAAAUUCUACGUCAUCGACUCACGGCGGCAUGAGAACGCGCCGGCAGCUCUCCGAAACCGAGACGGCCAAGAAUGCUGGUGGUCAUGUUUCUAACGGUGCUUUCACAGCUAGCAACCUGCUGGAGGAUUAUGAGGGACUCCAUGUUCGUUGUACCGAUCUGUCAAAAAUGUGCACCCAAGGUAUAAAUCUGGCAAUGAACAAGGCCAUGAUAGAGGAAUCUCGCAAAGCUAUUGAGCAGUCUGAGCGACUGAAAAAGUUGACUCUUCUUGCGACGCUCUUCAUCCCUCUCAGCUUCAGCUCUAGUUUACUGGGUAUGAACAUUGAUCUACUGGGUCAGAACGCGGUAAAAUUUUGGUGGUUCUUUGUCUUAUGCGUUCCAAUUACUCUCUUUGCAUAUAUCUUUUAUCUGUGGGAUUUUCGAGCUCUAAUGCGCUGUUGGGCAAAGCUCUGGAACGGAUUUCGGGGCCUUGUGCGAGACGGGAACGGCGAGAGGUCCAAGAAAGAACAGACUUAUAUGGUAUGAACCUGUCAUUGGAGAGAUAUCAUAGGGCCAUUGAUACCAGUUUCUUGGUAUGGCAGUCCUCAUGUCGAACUCUGAGCACCGGAAUUUACAAAUUUGGGAAUUACUGCUGAACAUCCUGCACUUUCGAGGACGGAAUCAGCAUUCUCUAAUUGGAUGGGAUGCAAUCAUCAGAGUGGUCGAUAUUGAAUCUUGAGCUCUGUAGCAGCCGAGGGCUGAUGCCUAUGGUUUUGGGGUUGGCGUUUUGGCUACUGCAUUACAGUCGCAGGCCGGCUACCGAUGUUGAGCGGUUUGUUUUUUGAGAGAUAAGUUAAACAUCUUAACUAAACUACCGCGUUUGCGGAUGCGUGAGCUGUACGGUCCGCAUCUAACCAAG